AUGGCGACUGAGGGUCAGAGCCCCCCGAUGAGCUGGAGAGAUUCCUACAGGGGCAUGUCCUCUGACAACAUCAAGGGUUUGAUUCUUGCUUUGUCUUCGAGCUUGUUUAUUGGUGCUAGUUUCAUUGUCAAAAAGAAGGGUUUGAAAAAGGCCGGGGCUUCUGGCAUCAGAGCAGGAGUUGGAGGAUAUUCUUACCUCUAUGAGCCACUUUGGUGGGUGGGCAUGAUAACAAUGAUCGUUGGGGAAAUUGCUAAUUUUGCGGCUUAUGCAUUUGCGCCAGCUAUACUAGUAACUCCUCUUGGUGCUCUCAGCAUAAUUAUCAGUGCUGUGCUUGCACAUAUUAUUUUACGUGAGAGACUUCAUAUUUUUGGGAUUCUUGGUUGCGCUCUAUGUGUUGUGGGUUCUACAACAAUUGUGUUACAUGCUCCUCAAGAACGUGGUAUUGAAUCUGUAACAGAAGUUUGGGAUCUUGCCAUGGAACCAGGUUUUCUCUUGUAUGCAGCUUUGGUCAUAACUGCUGUGUUUAUUCUUAUAUUCCACUUUAUCCCGCAAUAUGGCCAGACACACAUAAUGGUCUACAUUGGAGUUUGUUCCCUUGUAGGUUCCUUAUCGGUCAUGAGUGUCAAAGCACUUGGAAUUGCUUUGAAGUUGACAUUAUCGGGCAUGAAUCAACUAGUUUAUCCCCAAACUUGGGUCUUCACUUUAGUUGUCAUUACAUGUGUGCUUACCCAAAUGAAUUAUUUGAACAAGGCACUUGAUACUUUCAACACAGCUGUGGUAUCUCCGAUAUACUAUGUUAUGUUCACAUCACUAACUAUUCUGGCUAGCGUAAUCAUGUUUAAGGAUUGGGACAGACAGAGUCCAACCCAGGUUAUCACGGAAAUGUGUGGGUUUGUGACUAUCCUUGGAGGAACUUUUCUGCUUCACAGAACGAAGGAUAUGGUUGAUGGUUUGCCAACAUCAAUGUCCUCCAUGCGACUAUCGAAGCAUGCAGACGAGGAUGGAAUUGAUGGUGAAGGCAUCCCUCUUAGACGGCAGGAUAGCUCGAGAUCACCAUGA